UGUCGUGGCGUUUAGGUAUUGGUUGUUGGGUGUCGUGGCGUUUUCCGAACGGACGACCUCUAUCGCCGCUUCACACUACGACAAGCGGACAGUAGGCUCAGUCAAGCUGUAUCGAUCUCACUCAACCAUUGCCUGUUCAUCAUGGACUUGUUUUCCGCCAUAGCCGUCGCACUCUUGAUGCUCACGCUUAGUAGGGUUCAAGUAGGUGUCGCAGAGCCCAUCCCUCUCAAUCUCAUCUCGGAUACUUCAGUCGAUCUGGUUUGGAAAGGGAAGAUCCAUCCAGCUCAGUACUCUCCAUCGCCAUGUUCCCAGCGAAAAACUCUUCAUGCCCGCUCAGGUCGCCAUUAUGCUCUGGAGCUCUUUGUGAACAACAUCCCACCCAGUGCUACAUCCGUGGGCAUAUUCAUUUCACCUGGGACGUGUAACGGGGCCAUCCUUCCAAGCAACGAGCUUCUUCGCCCAAGAAAGGUUUUGCGAGGCGGUGAAGAUGGACCUCUCAAACUGGAACUGCUCCAAGUCAACGACACUCUCAGCAAUCACACCUUAUGUGUGGUUGUCGUGGACAACGGAGAACCGCGUCGAAUCGCAUGCUGGUGUCUAAACUUUCGCAAGAAGCUGGUUCAAGUUACGCCUGCCCCGACGCCAGACGUCACGCCCACGGACUCGGAGCAAGGCGAGGGCAUCGACACCCCACCAGGAGGCGGGCUGAAUGUGGGUCAUCUGGCCUACGAUGACUCAGCUGGUGCCACGCAGAAUGCAAGCAUCCUCUGUGUCCUGGUUGCGUGCUUCCUAAGUGUGGUAUUCAUGGUGGGUGUUUGAAGACAGCGGUGCCAUAAAACCGGCCGAAACCCGUCUCUAUACCAAUCCUCACCAAUAUCUUGACAACAGAUGAUACUACGGAAGAAUACAAACCAUGCACACCAUAUAACCGAUCGAUAAUCUACCCCUAAGGUGUUAUACACCUUGCCAGCCCAACAACGCAACCAGCCAUAACUUUGAAGCAUACGUGUAUAUGAAAAUGUAUCUCGUAUAAAUCGAUACUAUCCUCAGCUAUACGUAUACCAUGUACAUUGCUACUGCCGGAUCCUAAUAUUGAAAAAAAGUGUUUUCAAGCAUGCCUCUGCUGCAUUAUUUCGGAUUGCGCCCUGAAAAGUAAAGAAAUAAUAUGAGUUUUUUUAACACACUAAUUCACAACAGUGUGAUUUUUUAAAUAAUAUAUCAAAAAUUAUACUUUUAGGAAAUUAGAGGCCACAUUCCACGCACUGCUCUUUUCUCUCCGAAACCCAACAAUUGCAAGCCAGAUAUGAAAGAAAGAAAAAAUCAUCAGUCACACCACCGGGACUCGAACCAGUAUCUUAUUUCCUAAAACUUUGAAAUUCUCCGUGAAGUCCAAAUUUGAAAAAAAAUUAUACUAGCCAUAUUAUUAAUAUAAGCUGAUGCUUCCAACUUCAUAUUUUAUUCAUUUAUAUUUUAUUCUAUUUGUUAUGCAUGUGCUCUACACUACACCAUUUUUUAGAGAUUGCAAAAUAACUCAGUUCUUUCACUUUCUUCCUGCUCUAAAUAGAGGCUUUCCGGCAGCAUUAUCAUUAUCAUCAUCAUUUUUCCUGUCUUGUACAGUUGUACAUAUGCUUGCACUGGCUGCGUUUGACUUUAUCUGAAACUCGUGUCUUCUU